GGGUGAAGCUUGGAAUUUGCAUAAAGCUUUCUCCUGAUAUCACUCUUGUCGUUUUCAGCUCUGUAUGUAGGGAAGCAUGGAAUUUCAUAUGGAUCGACGAAGAUCAUGUCGGCUGACCACCUUCUUCAUCUCCAUCUUCUUCCUCAUCUCCUUCACGCAUUCCUUUUAUCUUCCUGGUGUUGCUCCUCGCGAUUUUCAAACAGGUGAUCCACUUAAUAUUAAAGUAAACAAGCUAUCAUCUACAAAGACACAACUACCAUAUGACUAUUACUUCUUGAAGUAUUGCAAACCUACUGAAAUAUUGAAUAGUGCGGAGAAUUUGGGUGAGGUUCUUCGAGGGGACCGAAUAGAGAAUUCAGUUUAUACUUUCCAAAUGAGACAAGAACAGCCAUGCCAAGUGGUUUGUCGACAAAAACUUCAUGCUGAAUAUGCAAAGAACUUCAAGGAAAAGAUUGAUGAUGAGUACAGAGUCAAUAUGAUUCUGGAUAACCUUCCUGUUGCUGUUCUUAGACAAAGGCGAGAUGGGAGUCAGUCAACUACUUAUGAGCAUGGUUUCCGUGUUGGGUUCAAGGGAAAUUAUGCUGGGAGUAAAGAGGGGAAGUAUUUUAUCAACAACCACUUAAGCUUUCGAGUCAUGUACCACAAGGAUCUUGAAACUGAUACAGCUCGUAUUGUUGGGUUUGAAGUCACUCCAAAUAGCAUUAAGCAUGAGUACAAGGAGUGGAAUGACAAGAACCCUCAAGUGACGACGUGCAACCAAAAUACAAAAAAUUUAAUUCUAGGUGGUGUUAUACCCCAAGAAGUAGAUACAGAUAAGGAAGUUGUAUUUUCAUAUGAUGUUUCCUUCAAGGAGAGUGAGAUAAGGUGGGCUUCUCGUUGGGAUACAUACCUUCUCAUGAAUGAUGAUCAGAUUCACUGGUUUUCCAUCAUAAACUCCCUUAUGAUUGUCCUCUUCCUUUCUGGUAUGAUUGCAAUGAUCAUGAUGAGAACUUUGUACAGAGAUAUUGCUAACUAUAAUCAACUGGAAACACAAGAUGAAGCUCAGGAAGAAACAGGAUGGAAACUUGUUCACGGAGAUGUUUUCCGCCCUCCUAUUAAUUGUGGAUUAUUGUGUGUUUAUGUUGGGACUGGUGUCCAGAUAUUUGCGAUGACACUAGUGACAAUGAUGUUUGCUGUGCUGGGUUUCUUGUCGCCUUCUAACCGUGGCGGACUUAUGACUGUCAUGGUUCUGCUCUGGGUCUUCAUGGGGUUGUUUGCUGGCUAUUCUUCUGCACGUCUUUACCGAACAUUCAGGGGAGCAGAGUGGAAGAGGAUUGCCUUAAGAACUGCUUUUAUGUUCCCUGGUAUACUUUUUGCUGUCUUCUUUGUGCUGAACGCUCUCAUCUGGGGAGAAAAAUCUUCCGGAGCAGUGCCUUUUGGAACUAUGUUUGCUCUUGUGUGCUUAUGGUUUGGAAUCUCAGUGCCUUUAGUGUUUGUUGGCGGAUACAUGGGUAAUAAAAAAGUGGUCACUGAAGAACCAGUUAAGACAAACAAAAUACCUAGACAAAUACCGGAGCAGCCAUGGUACAUGAAACCGGCCUUUUCAAUUCUUAUCGGUGGCAUUCUUCCAUUUGGGGCUGUUUUCAUUGAGUUGUUCUUCAUUUUGACUUCCAUAUGGCUGAACCAGUUCUACUACAUCUUUGGCUUCCUUUUUAUAGUCUUUCUGAUCUUGAUAAUCACCUGUGCGGAGAUAACAAUGGUUCUCUGCUACUUCCAGUUGUGCAGUGAAGAUUAUUAUUGGUGGUGGAGAGCUUAUCUGACUGCUGGAUCCUCGGCAUUGUACUUCUUUCUCUAUUCUGUUUUCUAUUUCUUCAGCAAGUUGGAAAUCACAAAACUGGUUUCAGGAAUCUUAUAUUUCGGUUACAUGUUGAUUGCAUCAUAUGCCUUCUUUGUGCUAACGGGAACAAUUGGUUUCUACGCUUGCUUCUGGUUUGUCCGGAGGAUCUACUCCUCGGUGAAGAUUGACUGAUCAAGAGAUAGCUCAUAAGUUGUUACAAUUAUAGCGAAGGUGGUCUAGAUUCUGAUAAUUAUGCAUCAUAUGCCGCCUUGGUGUUAACAGGAACAGUUGGCUUCUAUACUUGCUUCUGCUUUGUCCGGAAAAUAUAAUCCUUUGGUGAAGAUUGAGUACUGACCAUAUCUCAUAAUUUGUAGUGGUAUAGUGAAAAUGGUCUUACUUUUGAUGACUUUGAUACGUAGAAAGAGUUGCAAAGUUUUUUUUAUUUUCGUUGCUUCAUAGGACAAAGGCUGAAAUUUCAAGCCUACUAAUGAUCAUUUUGUUUCGGGUUCACAGGCUUGACUUGUUGCUUAUCAUUUUAGUUUAUUUUGUUGAUUACAUUGUUGACACAUUAUUUGUAGCUUUUAGCAAUACAUCUGGUAGAAUGGUACCAGAAAUUUUGU